GUCUUCUUCCUCUUUAUUUCCUGGUACCUGAGGUGCCUGUCUAGUACACAGCAGGCACAUUUGCGAACUGACAGUCUGACCACUGAGUGUGGUGAGCCAUGGUGCAGGCCCAUGACCUCAUCUUACAGGCUCUAGAGAACCUGAACGAAGAUGAGUUCAAGAAGUUCAAACACAAGCUGUGGACUUGGCCACUGAGGGAAGGCUUCAACCACAUCCCCCGGGGGAUCUUGCAGUCCAUGGACCGCUUGGACCUGUCUGACAAGAUCAUCAGUCACUACUUACCGGGCUACGGGAUAGAGCUGACUGUGGAAGUGCUCCUGGAUAUGGGCAUGCGGGAAGAGGCUGUCAGACUACAGAAAGCGGCAGAAUCUAGACCAUAUAUAUCAUGGACCAGGGCUGAUUGAUCUUCAUCACUGGACUCAUAAAAGCAGACCAAUGAAUCCUGAUUGAAGACAUCACCAACCCUAAUUUGAAACUCUUCAGUUUUAUGGAAGCCUGGGUUUUCAUCUACUAGAACAUCUUUCAGGGCAGACUUUCAGUCACUGAAACUAAGGGGCUUCUUAUUGUUUCCCAAUCCUCCUCUGGGCUCCAUCUCUCCCCACAAAGUCAGCUUUUGUGCCAGACAUCUUGGCUGUCUCCUUAUUCCCACCCCCCAGGCCCACCCAUUUGGGCAUAUAUUUUUAUACAUUCAAAU